UCCACAUUUCCUCGUCGGGCGGCGAACCUGCCAGCCAGGGGGGCAGGUUGACUUCCCCCACCGCCAUCAGUCCCAAAGUGAACAUUGGCCCGCCAAAACCUAAGCCGAAGCCCACGGUCAGCAUGGUGCCAGCGUCUCCAUCCCACGUUCCUGCACCGCAACCACCACCUCUCCCAGCAGCACCGAGGGCAGGCACCUACCCUCUCCUCGGCUCGUCCAGACGCUCUCACGACGAAGUCUGCAAAGCACUCGAGCAGGCCACCUUUUUCUGUUACCCGCAAUCCUUCCCUGAGUGGGAUGGUCCAUCGCCCUGGUUCUUGGGCGGGACCAACAACGGCCAGGAAGCAACACGUGGGCAAUGGAGAAUGCUGGACGUUGGCUGACGAAGCCAUCAAGUACACCAAUCGGGAAGCUAGACUGACGCCUCAGAACCUGCAAACGAUCGGUCGUACGCACGGGCACCUUAUCUUUGCCUGCCGAGCCGACGAGGUCCACGGUCAGAUCGGAAGAUGGCGUGGUGGCGAUCGGAUACGCAAUCACUGGGGCGGCAUUCGACGGGGCGACAUCAUCGAGUAUCGGGCCGCCAAGCUCGGUAUUUCUGGUCAGCCAGGCGCCACGAUGCGCAUGGGCAACCCUCCCUCACAACCUGAUCACACGGGCGUCGUUGUGUCUAACGCUCCUGUGCCAGAGCGCUUGGGCACGCGCCAGAAGGCAUCGAACCAGCCAUCGCUAGCACCGGGCGAUGAAGAUGAUCUCUACAAAGUUCUGGGCGUGUCGAGGACCGCCACGCAGGCCGAUAUUCGCGCAGCGUACCUCCAUGGAGCGAGGUCCUACCAUCCGGACAAAGCCUCAGGUCACGACGCUCGGAUUCGGCUGCUUAACCAGGCCAAUGCAACCUUGAGCAACGCGACGUCGAGACGCGAAUACGAUGAGUCACUCCGGCACGGUCGCGCUGCUUCCUAUCUUGCUUCGGCCAACAAGCAGAGGAUCUCGGCAACGCUCGACCUAGAAGCCUUCGAUGCCCUCGAAGGGGACCAAGAUGGGGAUGAAUACUCUUUCUCUUAUCCAUGCCGCUGCGGCUCGCACUUCAUCUUGACACAAGCUGAAGUCGCAAUGGGCGCAGAGGAGAUUGCCGUGCCGUGUUCUGGUUGCAGCGAGCGCGUGCUGGUUCAAGGUCUCCCCCCAGCACCUUCUUCUACUGGGCAAGAAGAGCAGGCCGAAGAGGACGCUGAGGACUACCAGCCGGAAUUGGCCCCCUGGGAGCUGGGGACUAUCACGACGGUGGAUCAGGCCGCGAGCAUGCUCCCCAAAAAGACCACACUUGACUUGGGACCAAAAUCUUUUACGUCGGGCGAGAUCUGGGUCUACAGGCCAGUGCCGGAGAGGGAGCUUCUUGGCGGGCAAAUUACGUGCGAUUGGCCGCCAACGCUGCCUGGCUGGGAGCAACUGGCCUAAUGUCCCCUUCUGUCCUCAACUUAAUCUUGUACUGUACUGUACUGCGCGUCUGAGAUCAAGAAAAGGGCAGCCAUAGUGAUGAGGAGGGCUUGAUUAGCAAUUAAGUAGUGAAAUUAAGUGAGAGCAAAGAGCAAAGAGCAAAGAGCAAAGAGCAAAGAGCAAAGAGCA